GCAAAGAUGGACAUCCGAGCGAGUUUUAUUUUGGGUGCAGUUUUGCUGUUUGGCUGUCUGUACGAAACUCAUGGACUCCGAUUGGCGGAACAGAAAUGUCAAGAAUAUCGCAAGACCAUAGCGUCCUUUCCGUCCAAAGUGAUCGGUAGAACGAACGUAUUCGAUACACCUCCGAAUGGAUUACCGGCCCGGGAGGGUGAAUUCCCUCACCAGGUGCGCGUCGGACAAUGGUUCUACGAGGACGAGGACGAUACGGCAUUCAUUCUGCGCUGCAGUGGUGCACUUAUUAGCGAUCGUUACGUGCUCAUAGCUGCCCAUUGCCUAUGGACGCUGGGCGACGAGGAGGUUUCACUCGGCCGACAUGACUACACUCGCAACGGCACCUUUCCAGAGCUGUCCAUCAAACGAGACGAUCUGAUUCUUCAUCCCAGCUAUGACGAGCAGACGAAGGCAUCGUACAACGAUAUCGCGCUGGUGCGUCUUGCCCAGCCCGUCACCUUUACCUCUCACAUCUAUCCGGCCUGUCUCUGGACGGAGGAGGAAGCGGCCGAGCCGACAAAGCUAACAUCGUCCGGCUUUACGAUGGGCAGAUUGGUCAAUGACACACAGGAUACACGGCUGGUGAAGAUACAGGUGAGCCGCGUCCCAAAUGCAGAAUGCUCGCGUGAGUACACGGACAGUGGCUACUACCCGCAAGGCGUCACCGAUGCGCUGCUGUGUGCCGAGUCUCCAGUAGAGUGGAAGUCUUUGUGCGAAGGGGAUGCCGGUGGGCUGCUACAAACGCUUGACCGUGACUCUGCGGAUGUGUAUCGGCUUAUCGGUGUGGAGGCCAAGGGUCACGAGUGUGAUCAGUCGCACCAGAAGUUUAUCUUCACCAAGGUCCGCCAGCAGCUGGAUUGGAUUGAGAGUGUCGUUUGGGGUGCGUGAGUAGUAUUGCUGGGGUUGCAAUGGAUUAGGGAAAUAAAAUAACCAUCUUCGGAGUACCACAUAAAUGGCCCAAUAACGCACGACUUUUGUACAAAUCUUAUCAAUUUAUUCAUUUAUACUCUGUUCUCGUCCACGGCUUUCAGUGCGCACCGGCAUUGUUUGUCCGCAAGCAACGGCUACCGGACGGACAAGCCCUGGCUACACAACCUGUCGCUGUCACUGCACCUGUCUUGUCUUACAAUGAUCUCUCUCCUUCGUGUUCAGUUUAAAUCACAAGAAUUCUAGUACACUUACGCUAUUCGUUCGUAUUCUGUUACUUGCUUAAUGCCUUAAUCUUAAUACCAUCGCUCGCGCUACUCUUCUCGUUUCUUGAAAGGUGAGUGUGCUGGAAAGCAAGGGGAUAGGGUUGAAUGAAUUUUUUUGGGGAAUGAUUUCGCAACAUGUUGAACGACUUCGCAUGUCAGCCCACUUCUCCAA